GCAGACGUGAAACAUCUCGUCCAACAGGAAAACUGUGUCUGACACAUGUUGAACUUGAGGAAAUCCGGUGAACGUUGGGAUUAAGAGUGGAACCGACCGAUGAAGGCAGACAGCUGUUGGGACAUCUGGACACACAGUUUGGAUGAGUGAGAAGGCCAUGGAUGAGGAGAACGUUGAUGAAACACUCACACUGCAAAAUGAGGAAGAAACUGAAGACGAGGAGCCCAAGUUUUGCGGCGUAUGUGGAGAUGAGGCCAAGGGUUAUCACUUCAACGCCCUGACAUGUGAAGGCUGCAAAGGAUUCUUCAGGCGCACCAUAAAGAGGUCAGAUCAACUCCGCUGUCCGUUCCUGAAUAAAUGCAUCAUAACCAAAAACAAUCGCCGGUCAUGUCAAGCCUGCCGCUUCCAGAAAUGCAAGGCCAUUGGGAUGCGCAAAGACAUGGUCAUGUCGGAGGAGAAGGUCCAGGAGAGGAGGAUCAGAAUCAAGAAAAACAAGAUGCGUAACAGCCUGAUGCAGCUUUCGUCCCAACAACAGGAGAUGAUAGAGGAGCUGCUCAGUGGCCAUCGCAGCACAUUCGAUCCAGCCUUUUCACAUUUCAGUGGCUUUAGGCCUAUGGACAGAAACACCAGCUCUGUGAGUGAGUAUAACCAGUAUGCAAGGGAGGCCUGUGACCCACGGAAUAUCUGUCCUGAAAACACCUGCACUGCUGCUACUGAACCUGCAAGUCAUCCCAGAACAUCCUCGUAUGAUUGCUCCUUCUUCCCAUCUUCCUCCUCUUCCUCCUCCUCCUCCUCCUCCUCCUCCUCUUCCUCCUCCUUGUCUCACAGUCACCAAAAAGAAGAUGAUGAAACGGACAAAAGAGUCUCGGUUUUUACCGCUCUUCCGCAUGUGACUGACCUCAGCACGUACAUGAUUCAAAACGUCAUCCGUUUCUCCAAAAGUCUCCGGUUCUUCAGGUCUUUAACCAUUGAGGACCAAAUCACACUGCUGAAGGGAGCCUCAUUUGAGAUGAUGCAGAUCCGCUUCAACAUGGUGUUCAAUGUAAACACGAGCAUGUGGGAGUGCGGACCUAUUACCUACUGCAUAGACGACGCUGUACGAGCGGGUUUCCAGUCGGUCCUGGUGGAUCCUCUGUUUAAGUUCCACCACACGCUACGCAAACUGGACCUGCAGGAGGAAGAGUACGUCCUCAUACAAGCCAUCUCCCUGUUUUCUCCAGAUCGUCCAGGUGUUCAGCAAUAUGAUGUCAUAGACGACCUGCACGAAAACCUGGGACUUGCACUAAAAACCUGGAUUGACUGUAAGAGAACAGGCCCAGAAAAACACUUGUUGUAUCCCAAAGUGAUGGCCUGUCUGACUGAGAUGAGAACCAUGACUGAGGAGUACAGUAAACAGGUUCUGCACAUCCAGGACAUCCAGCCUGAUGAUAUUUCUCCUCUUAUAAUGGAGGUGGUCAGUAAGGACGUCUGAGGAGGAAUUAUUGACAACUCUGUACCUGUAGAAGAAUGUAAAGCAAAUACUGUUGUGGUUGUGUGCAACAUACAUACACACACACACACACACACACACACACACACACAUAUAUAUAUAUAUAUAUAUAUAUAUAUAUAUAUAUAUAUACUGAAC